AUGUUAAUUCUAAGCGGGAACCCAUUUGAGAAUAUACCAUCAAGCAUCAUACAACUUCAUCGGCUGAACACACUCUACAUCUACGGUUGCAAGAAGCUCCGAUCUUUGCCACAACUUCCAUCGUCUGUUAACUUUCUUAAUGCAAGUGGAUGUACUUCUCUGGAGACAAUAUCAAGUUCGGGGCUACAUCUAAGUAACUGCAAUAUAGUAGAAAUUCCAGUUUGGCCGAGCAUUUUAUCCUCGUUAACCGUGUUAAAUCUAAGCGGGAACCCAUUUGAGAAUAUACCUUCAAGCAUCAUACAACUUCAUCGGCUGAACACACUCUACAUUGAAAAUUGCAAGAAGCUCCGAUCUUUGCCACAACUUCCAUCGUCUGUUAACUUUCUUAAUGCAAGUGGAUGUACUUCUCUGGAGACAAUAUCAAGUUCGGGGUGCUAUGGAUUCAACAUUAGGCAUGUGAUUCGCCCUUUCAUUUCCAAUCACAAAAGAUUUACGUUCCAAAAUUGCUGGAAACUAGGACGGAAUGCACGUAGCAUUUUAACUGAUUUCUUAUACGAAGUUGAUAAAUUGAAUUUGGGAGGAAAUUAUUAUCUUAUAAUUGGAGUAUGUUAUCCGGGAAAUGAAAUUCCAAAGUGGUUCAGGCAUCAAGACGAGGGGAUUUCAACAACUAUGAAGCUUCCCCAUGGUUGGCAUAAUUCUAAUUUUAUGGGUUAUGCCAUUUGCAUUGUUGCUCAUAUAAUCCCAGUAGGCGCAGGCUCCCAUUCUUCUAAGCAUGUAGAAUUUACGUUUGACUUACAUCUUAAAACCAAGUGCGGUCGAAUCCACAAAUAUGACAACAACAGCGGGGUUGAUUUCUGGAUAUACCACGAUGAUGAGGAGGAGGAGGCUAAACUCACAAGUAGUGAUAUUAGUUCGGACCAUGUGUUCGUGCGAUGCGUCACUAACAGCUUGUUCAACAGACAUCUUGAUGCAGUGGAGGCAUCAUUCUAUUUCAAAGCUAGAGUUUUUCCGCGAAAGGAUGAGAAUUGUGAUUCGAUUGUGAAAAGGAUUGGAGUUGGGUUGGUAUAUGCAUGCAAAUGA